AUGUGGGUGGAAGCCAGACGCAGCUCGGUUCGACAGCCCAGGGCGCUGCGUCAUCCCCCCCCCUCAGCCAACACUUGCGAGGUCGACCCCAAAUUAGCAGCGCCGCUCCCCUUCUCUGAAUGGCUCCCUCGCAAGAACUACACUCGUGCCUAUUUCCGACCUCGCUUGGUGAGCUCGGAGACGGACUUCCACACGAUGGAAGAGAUCAGGAAACCAGUCCUCCCCCCAAUGAUCCAGAUGGAGCGUGGUAUGGUCGUUUCUCCCAACAACGAGCAGAAGGAUUUCGUCUGCCCGGAGAUCAUCGACGUGGAUGUGGCUGCCGACGACGAUGUGGAAGAGACUUCGAAGCUCCUAUUUGGUUUGGCAACUACCGUGGACCGCCUGGACCGCCUUUUGCCAUCUCUUCUGUACACGUACGGAAAUACCAAGGCCGGCCUCCUGGUUCUGGUCCCCGAGUCCGAUGACGAUCUCGAGAAACAAGAAACCUACUUCCGUAACCGGGGUCUCGACCUGACCCUGAAGGCCUCUCCUUUGGACUUCACUGCCCGGUACUUCGGCAUGGUUGAGGCUUUCUCGGAGCAUAUUCGCAAACACCGCCCUCACACCACCUGGGUCGGCUUCAGCGACGAUGAUACCUUCUUUUUCUCUCUGCCGACGAUUGCUAAGGAAUUGAAGCUCUUCGAUGAGAAGAAGAGGCACUAUAUCGGCUCUUUGUCCGAGGCUAGCUGGCAAGUAGAUACCUUUGGCCAUAUUGCCUUUGGAGGCGCCGGUGUGCUUGUCUCCAAGCCGCUGUUGGAUGUGCUCAAUGACAAGUACGACGAGUGUCAGUCCUGGGGUGAGCAGCCUGGUGACCAGAAGUUGGGCCAAUGCAUUCAGCGCUUCGGCGAUACUCCACUCACCCUAUGGCCCUCGCUCUUCCAGAUGGACAUGACUGACCCCGUGGACGGUGUAUAUGAGUCUGGUCGCAGAAUUGAGUCUAUGCACCACUGGAACUCCUGGUACACCAAGGACGUGGUGAAGAUGACUGCGGUAUCUGCGGCUGCCGGACGCAAAUCGGUGUUGCGCCGCUGGAUCUUUGAUCAGGAAGAAACCGUUGACAAAGAAACUGGUGAAUCGAUCCGUCACUUCUGGGUCAUGACCAACGGCUACUCCUUGGUCAAGUACACCUAUGGCCCGAACGUGGCUGAUGACGCGAUCAAUUUUGAUGCCAUGGAGAAGACCUGGCCUGAAGACCCUCGAGGUUUCGAGGGUCGAUUGGGCCCUCUUCGUCCCGCCGAGGAUGAGGGUGUUGCCAAGGAUCGCUGGUUGCUCCACGACGCUUUUGUCGUGGGCGACAACGUCCACCAGUUCUAUGUACGGGAAGAAGACGAAGGCCACAGCUUGAUCGAAAUCGUUUGGCUUGGUCCUCAGGGUGGUGGUGGUGGUGGCCUCUCCGAUCAUUACAUUCGCGGUACCUACCAACAAUGA